UUCUCUUAAUUAUCAAUGACAAUAUGUUUAGCUAGAUGUAGAAAUACCUUAGCUUACAAGCUUAUUCUUUGCCAUUUAUCAAUUUUUCCGUUGCAAUUCUUUCAUAAUUGCAUCAGUUUCUGGAACAUAAUGAAAUAUGAUGAAGCUGAAAGAGUUCUUGGGACAGUCAUGGAUGGAAGCUCCAAAGGUACUCAAAAUCAGGGCUCUACCAGAUCACAAUUGUACGAGAUUUGUGCAGUAAAUCAUUGGAAAGCACCUUUAUUUGAAUGUUGCAGUGAGGAAGGUCCAGAUCACCAUAAGUUGUUCACAUUCAAGGUAAUUGUGGAAAUAAGAGGACCUCGUACGACAACUAUAGAGUGCAUGGGCAAUCCACAUCCAAAGAAGAAAGUUGCAGCAGAGAAUGCCGCUGAAGGAGCGUUGCGGUUUCUAAAUCAAGCUGGUUAUAGAUUUGUGCUCGACCAAAUGACAUUUGUACGACAUUUGUGCUCCAGCAAAUUGCAUUUGUACGACAUUUGUGCAGUAAAUCAUUGGAAAGCACCUUUAUUUGAAUGUUGCAGUGAGGAAGGUCCAGAUCACCAUAAGUUGUUCACUUUCAAGGUACUUGUGGAAAUAAGAGGACUUCAUACAUCAACUAUAGAGUGUAUGGGAAAUCCACACUCAGAGAAGAAAGUUGCAGUAGAGAAUGCAGCUGAAGGAGCAUUGUGGUUUCUUAACCAAGCUGGUUAUAGAUUGAAGUACUGAAUUGACUUCCUUUUUCGCUUUUUUGAAUGGUUAGUGAAUUGUGAUUUCAUAGACCAUUUAGAUGAAAGUUUAUAGAGUAGUUAGUUUAUUACAGCAACUACCAGAUGAUGCAAUUGCUCAAAUCAAAUAUAUUCUUAAAGCUACAUAAUUUGAGCACAAACAGUAUAACGUAUGAAGAUGGUAUUGUAACUGAGAUGCCAACUAUAUAUCUGCUUACACUA